CCCCUUCCCCGGAAGUAGUUCCGUAACCAGGGGUCACAGGCAGGGGCUGUUUCCGGGGGGACCAGGCAUUAUGUAGGCUGCGGAGUGGUCGGCUGUUUCGCGAAGCUUCUGCGGCUGUAGGGCUCUGUGGCUGCCGCCAUGUUCGGCUGUUUGGUGGCGGGUAGGCUGGUGCAAGCAGUGGCACAACAGGUGGCCCAGGAUAAGUUUGUAUUUGACUUGCCUGACUAUGAAAACAUCAACCAUGUGGUGGUCUUUAUGCUGGGAACUAUCCCAUUUCCAGAGGGCAUGGGAGGAUCUGUCUACUUCUGCUUUCCUGACCAGAGUGGGAUGGCAGUAUGGCAACUCCUGGGAUUUGUCACCAAUGAGAAGCCAAGUGCCAUCUUCAAAAUUUCUGGUUUAAAAUCUGGGAAAGGCAGCCAACACCCCUUUGGAGCAAUGAACAUCCCUCAGACACCAUCUGUAGCCCAGAUUGGGAUCUCAGUGGAAUUGCUGGAACAUUUGGCCCAGCAGACUCCUGUAGCAAGUGCUGCUGUAUCAUCAGUAGACUCAUUCACGCAGUUCACUCAGAAGAUGCUGGAUAGCUUCUAUAACUUUGCCUCAUCGUUUGCUGUCACACAGGCCCAGAUGACACCGAAUCCCUCUGAAGCUUUCAUUCCUGCAAACGUGGUUCUGAAAUGGCAGUUUUACCCCUACUUGCAGUUUGUGGCUGAUUCCGGAAGCUGCCUUUGCUCCUUGUAAAGGUAUGAGAACUUCCAGAGACGACUGGCUCAGAAUCCUUUCUUUUGGAAAACAUAAACUUCAAUCAGGUCUUUUGAAGUGCUUUCCGACUAUAGUCAUGUCUUAAAGAUACAGUAAAUCACCCCACUAAAGAAAAUUGGUGGAGUAAUCAAAGUCAAAGCAGACUACGUGGAUUUUGUAGUACCAUUGAAACUUAUUUAAAAUUAAAAACCUGAAAACAA